AUGAACGUCGACCACGUCACGGACUUCCUCGUCUCGAUCACGCUGCCGCGCCAGUCUUCCUGGCCGACACGUGAGGCAGCGGAGCAGCAUCUCCGCACCUUCAGCAACUUCUCCGCGUGGGAGCGAGAGUCGUUGGACGCGUACAUCAAAGGCGGCCUCGUCGAAGACGCCUCCUCCGGCCAGACGACGCUGGCGUGCAGCCCCCUGAUGGAAGCGUCGCUGUACUGCAGCCCUCUCAUGUUCUGCUCCGACGAGCAGCUCGCCCGCGUCAAGUGCCGCGUCGUGAUCCACAGCGGGGGUCACUCCAAGAUGUUCCUGUCCUCCAUCUUCGAGGAGAUGCACGACAAGUGGCCGCACAUUUACUCGGUUUGUUGA